AUGCCUAUAGGGUUCCGGUAUGUGCUUAAGAUAUCGGCUCUGGUGGACAGCACGUUCCGAGUGGAGAUGGAAGAGGUCAACCCGUUGUACCCUCGCUUCUCCACCAUGCUUGCGUUGAAGGACACUCCGUUGGCUGACAAGUUAGAUCAAGUCUCAAAGAAGGACGGGCAGCUCAUCGUGGCCAACUCCAAAGGCCACAAGGUGGUGAUAACAGCCAGCCCUCUGAAGAUCGAGUUCCUGGACAAGGAGGGAGAGGUCGCUGUGGUUCUGAAUGAGAACUCUCAGCUGUUGGUUGAACCGUUGAUUGAGAAAAAACAGAAAAAUGAAGAGAACGGCGAAGUUGUUCAAGUGGAAGAAGAAGGCAUGUGGGGCGAGAACUUCAAGUCGCACCACGACAGCAAGCCGCGUGGUAAUGAAGCCAUCUCACUCGACUUCUCGUUCCCUGACGCUGACCAAGUCUAUGGUAUCCCCGAGCACACCGACGGCCUGGCCUUAUCCACCACCACGGGUGGCGAGCCCUACCGACUCUACAACCUCGACGUGUUCGAGUACGAGCUGAACAGCCGCAUGGCCAUCUACGGCUCCGUGCCGGUGCUCUACGCGCACGGAACGAAGCGAACUGUUGGCGUUUUCUGGCACAACUCUGCCGAGACGUGGGUGGACAUCGUGAACUACGCCGACGAAACCGUAGUGUCUUCGCUCGUCAACCUCGUCACUGGUGGACAUAAGCGCCGCGUCUCCUCUAGGUUCAUGUCGGAGUCUGGUCUGAUCGACACCUUCAUCAUGAUGGGAGACAAGCCUGCUGAUGUCUUCCGUCAGUACACCAGGCUCACAGGCGCCGCUCCUCUACCGCCGAAAUUCUCUCUGGCGUACCACCAGUGCCGCUGGAACUACGUCGACGAGGCAGACGUGCGCGGAGUCGACGAGAACUUUGACGUCCACGACAUACCAGCUGACGUCAUCUGGCUGGAUAUCGAGUACACCGACCGCAAGAAGUACUUCACAUGGGACGCGCAAAAAUUCCCGCAUCCAGCUGAAAUGGUGGCCAAUCUAACAGCCAAAGGACGCCGUCUGGUGGCCAUCAUCGACCCUCAUAUCAAACGUGAAGCUGGAUAUUUCCUGCACGAGGACGCUACUUCACAAGGACUCUACGUCAAGGACAAGGACGGCAAGGACUACGAAGGCUGGUGCUGGCCCGGCUCCUCAUCGUACCUGGACUUCCUGAACCCGGAGGUCAGCAAGUAUUAUUCCGAGCGAUUCCGCUUCGAGAACUUCCCCGGAACGUCCAAGGAUGUGCACAUUUGGAACGACAUGAACGAGCCUAGCGUGUUCAACGGGCCUGAGAUCACCAUGCCGAAGGACUGCCGUCACUACCGCGAGCACGAUGAAGAUGCACAAGGCUUGCACACAUUCUGGGAACACAGACACAUCCACAACGAGUACGGAUUAUUCCACAUUCGUGCGACACACCAGGGCAUGUUGGACCGCAGCGACGGCAAGUACCGGCCCUUCAUCCUCACCCGCGCUGUCUUCGCCGGCACUCAGAGGUACGCGGCAGUAUGGACGGGCGACAACGCGGCCGAAUGGGGCUUCCUGGUGGCGUCGGUUCCCAUGUGCUUGUCGCUGGGCGUGGCCGGCGUCAGCUUCUGCGGCUCCGACGUCGGCGGCUUCUUCCAGUACCCUGAAGCCGAGCUCAUGACGCGCUGGUACCAGGCGGGUGCCUACCAACCGUUCUUCCGAGCGCACUCUCACAUCGAGACCAAACGCCGCGAGCCCUGGCUAUAUGAACCUGCCACUACUGCGCUCUUACGAGACGCUACUAGGCGCCGAUACGCACUGCUCGACUUCUGGUACACCCUAUUCUACGAGCACACACGUGACGGUCUGCCGGUGAUGAGGCCGCUAUUCCAGGAGUACCCUCAGGAAGAGGCUACCUUCACCAUCGAUGACACUUAUCUGCUGGGCAACAAGCUCCUCGUCCGUCCAGUCACAGCCGCGGGCGCGACCACUGUGCAAGUUUACUUACCAGGAGCUGAAUCCCACACCAUCUGGUACGACGUGGACUCGUACCAGGCGCACAAGGCUAACGGGUACUUUACGCAGGAAGUUAAUAUCGCUAAGAUCCCGGUAUACCAGCGAGGAGGCAGUAUAGUCCCGCGCAAGGAGCGCGUGCGGCGAUCGUCCGCGCUCAUGGCAAACGACCCUUAUACGCUCGUCAUUGCGCUUGACGCUAAUAACACAGCGGAGGGUACCCUGUACAUAGACGACGGAGAAACGUUCGAGUACAAGAAACAGAAGUACAUUUACGCCAAGAUCACGUACACGAAAGACGCGAUUACGUACAGCAUGAUCAACGAAAAAGCCGUCUACCCCACCAAAUCGUGGGUAGAACGCAUCGUCAUAUGCGGCGCGCGAUCGCCACCAGCCUCCGCUCGGCUCCACCAGGCCGGGUCAUCCGUGGCACUGCCCAUGACGCUACACAAAGGGAACGAUGUCCUGGUCAUAAGGAAGCCCGGGGCUGCCAUGGCCCAGCCCUGGACUAUACGGUUCAGUUAUUGAGAGAAUAUAAGGGAGCCCAGGGCGUGAGAAAAAUUGAAAGGCGAUUGGAUCUCAAGCUACUCAGUGUGAUCACCAUGAGUUUACGUUAAAUGUGCAUGAGUUUACGUUAAAUAUGCUCGCUAGCGACUGCG